GCAAGAUGCAAUCGCUCCGAAACGAGGCGAUCUCUGUUGACCUCGUAGUUUAAAGAUGGCUCAGUAGGCAGACAUGCAUAUCUCACAACACCUUCGCCAUACUGCCUUACGUCAAAUCUUGCUGAAGCCGUCACCUUAGCAUUCAAAUCUACCUUGUCGAGUAGCAGCCAUGUCACGCCAGCUCAUCUCCAGCGAGAAGUUCCCCACGAAGCCUCACAAUUGUCCUGCCACAAAAGUACCGGGUCUCGUCUUCUGCGCCGGGCAAACAGCCACAGGAGAGAUCAAGCAAGCCACAAGAAGAGUUUUGCAAAACCUGAAGGAAGUUCUCGAGCUUUCUGGUUCGUCACUUGAACAGGUUGUCAAGUACAACGUCUACCUCGCAGACAUGAAAGACUUCGCUGCCAUGAACGAGGUGUACAUCGACUUCCUGCCUCAGCCUAUGCCCUCUCGAUCUUGCCUUCAGGCACUGCCUCCUGGUGAUGGAACCGUCAUCGAGAUUGAGUGUAUUGCACAGGCGUAAACAAUAAGCCGCUGAGUACGAAAACAAUAAUAUCGAGGAGGUUCAUGGCGGAGCACGCUUAGUAGACCGUAUUUGAGGCGCUUGGCAUAUAGAUUUAUCAAACUCACUGCUCUGUACGAGAGUGACUUGAAGGGAAAUAGGAGCAAUAGAUAGAGUACAGAUCUUGAAUCAAGCAAGCACGAUCAUACAUCCUCUUC